GGAACAUACGAGUAGUAGCACAGUUAACAAAGUGCUGUCGCUGGAAGGCUGCACGUCCCACCGAAACUCUCCUGGUAGAAUGGCAAAAUGGCUUCAUGGAAUGCGGAACUGGAGAAUGUGGCUGAAUCACAGGUUAUCCAUUGGGGCCAGCGUCCUUGCUGCUGUGCAACCCACCUGUCCAGCUUUCAAAAAGUGAGGCGAACGGAACGCUGAGAAUUUGCAAGCUUUCGUGCCCACGUUGGCUUCUGCCUCGUUUGCCUCGAUCACCUCGAAGGUGAUAGAGCCAUCAAUUGGAAAGUCAUGGAUUUUGCUGCCCAAGUUGUGCCUGAUGAACAUUGUAUGGACGCCCAAGGCUCAUUUCGUCUGAUGAUGGUAAAAUUGCCUCAUGAUAAAAGGACAGGCCCUCAAACAAUGGCCUUGUCGUUGAAUAGGGAGAAGGAGCUGAAGAUCCCGAAGUGUAAAGCAAAAAUAUCGAUCACAUGGCGUCCACUGAAGUGGGAGCCUGCAUGGGCAGCGUCUCUGGUGUAUCUCUCCCCACACCGAUCAGCAUGGGUAUUGAACUGUUUAACCAACAACUCACCUCUGACCCCAGGAAGAGAAUCGGAAAUACGUCGACCUCGAACAUCCAGCAUAUGCCAUGUAAACUCGAGGAUCUUCUGAAGACAGUUGUCAGCCUCACCGAAACUCACAAGAAAAACCGAACAGUAGCCCAAUCAAGAAUCGAGACAGCUUUGAUAGCCAUCAGUUCGCAUGCUAAGGCUAUUGAUGUGCUCAUCCAACAGCAACCUGACAUUACAGCGGUUGUAUGGGGAGCUUUUCGAUUUCUUAUCGGCAUCGCCGCAAAAGAAAUAGAGGGCUCGGAGAAGAUCAACGAGGCUCUGGUAUCCAUCGUCGCAAACCUUGAGCGCUGGAAUAAAUACAUCGAACUCUUUGAUGAAUUUGAAGGUGUACGGAAAGCCGCAGCUCGACUUUUUAGUCAGAUAAUAAAUUUCUUGGUCCGAGCGAGGAUUUACUACCAAAAAUCUCGUGCUGCACGUCAUAUCAAGAUUGCUUUCAGCACUUGGUCUGAAAAAUACAAGAACAUCAUGAAUCUCAUCAACCAGGAGUCUAUUUCCCUAGAGCGCGAAACCGCCCUUGCAUUUAAAUUCAGAUAUCUCCGAGAUCAGAAAGUCCAAGAGACUCGUUUUGCGCUGGAACAAGCCGAGGCCUCCAAGCAAGAAGCCUUUCGUGAAGAAAGCUCCGCAAGGACCCGCGAGACACAACUGAACGUGGAAAAGGCCACAGCAAAUCUUCGCAAUUUCCAAGGAGAUACUGAAAAAUACCGACAAUCGGCCGCUUUGCAAUGGUUAUCUCAAACCCAACACCCACGUCCUACCACAUCUGUGGAAGAAGGUACAUAUGUGUGGAUCCUUCAACGUGAGGAAUGGAAGAGUUGGAAAAAUGACGUGUACUCAAAGCCACUGUGCAUAUUGGGCUCUCCUGGAGCUGGGAAGUCUAUCUUAGCUCGACAUCUCUGUAACACUUCUGAAACAGAGAUUACGGUUUCAUACUUCUUUUGGAGCGUCAUCAGUGAUGAUCUCGCAAAGCCCACUCCAUUUGCUGCUGCUAUGCUCUAUAACUUGCUACAGCACGAAAUCGUCAAGUCAACUGACGACUAUACAACUACCAUCAAACAGAUAACAGCCUUAUUUUCUUCACAAAAGCGUGUGAACGAUGUUCCAUUUCACAAGUUAUGGGACAUAUUUCAAUCACUAGUGAGAGCUGUCCCCGAAGUAAUGAUUAUCAUUGAUGGUUUGGACGAAUGCGAUGGAGAUACCAGGGCUGAACUCGGCUCAGCUAUUAUUGCGCUCUCCUCACUACCAAAUACCAGAGUGGUUGUUUUGUUUCGACAUCACAGACAAUUGGAGACUCUCUUUCAGAAUGCUUUCAAGAUUGAGCUUACACCAGCUUCAAGUAUGAAUGACAUUGAUCUUUAUGUGAAGGCAGAGAUCCGACGUCAUCCCCAGAAAUUGGGACCGCUGAAAAAGGAAAUUCUUGAAACUGUGUCGAGAUCAGCAAACGGAAUGUUCUUGUGGACAUCCAUGCUCGUCGACGAGCUCAAAGAUGCAGAAACGUUGAACAUACAACGCCAGUGCCUGAAAAGCGUUCCACCGGACUUAUACACCUUUUACUCAAGGAUUCUCCAGAAAGCAGGAUUGAAGUUACAUUCAAAGUCGCUCAGAAGAGAGAUUUUUCUCAUCCUAGUCGGUCUUCGUCAAGCUCUGAGAUGUCAAGAGAUCUCAUUUGUGCUAAGCUUGAUGCACGAGACCGUGUCAACGGUGGACAAUCACAACGCUCUGAUCGAGUCAGAUGAGGCAUUGUCGCAGGUUUGUGGCCAUCUGGUGCGUAUAUCAGACGGCCGAAUACACCUGAUGCACCAAACUGUCAAGGAUUUUUUGCUUUGUCAGGGGGAUCGAUCGACACAAGUAACCCAAGAUGAAGCCGAAGCCUACCUUGCCUUCAAGUGCCUUGCGGCGUUGUCACAAGACGAGUAUCGCUCGCUAAACCACAUUUCAAUUCUCAUCCGGCAGAACGUUUCUGCAGCUGCGGUAAAAGAGGAAGACAAAUACUUCUAUCAGUAUGCCGCAACACAUUGGUAUGGGCAUUUGAUCGCAGUUCAAAAUCCAGAGCCUCGGCUUGUACAACUUGCCGCAUCUUUUCUGCGAGGCAAUGAAUUCGUGUCCUGGUCGGAAUUUGUGUAUCAUCUAAGCGGAUCUCAAGGAAUAGCGCUAGAAGUGGCGUCGAAAUUGAGAAGUUGGAAAGCCGGGCUAGAUGAUGAAGUGAGAAAUAUGCUUCCACUUGGAAUCUAUUUCGCAGGACCCUAUCGUGCCGCAGCUGAUGGUUUCGACGAAAAUGCUGGCGAUAAAACCUUACCAUUUCUGACUCUCUAUCAGCUAGGGGAGUUUUUGAAUCUUUCAACUAGAAUCAAGGAGGCAUUCCAAGUCAAGAAAACCGUUGCUGAAGGACUGGCCAAACUGCUAGGAGAACGAAAUCCACUAUCAUUGAAAGCGGAGUCGGCGUUUGCUCUCGAGUAUCUCGGGCAGAGACGAUUUCCAGAAGCGGAAGCAACCUUUGGAAGACUUGCCCAGAUUCAACGUGAAGUGAUUGGAACUGACUGCCCUGAUUGUUUUCAGAGUUUACAACGACAAGGCAUGGCUGAGCUUUGGAUGACCAAGUUUACUGACGCGGAUUCAAACCUUACGGAAUCUCUCCAAGGGCUGCUCAGUACCACGGGGCCGCAGAGCUUUCUGUAUCUCAUGUCGCAACUUACUUUGGGACAAGUCUUGGAAUACACCGGAGAAGUGAGACGAGCAGUGUUGGACUAUGAGCACGUUUGGAGAUAUCGCAAAUCAACUCUGGGCGCAGACAACCCCAUGGCUGUAUGGGCACAGUGUGCAAUGGUAUCAGGAUUUCGGAAAUUGAGGCGUUACGAGGAAGCAGAAAAUGCCGUCGUUGAAGUCAUCGAUGCCAGAACCAGGACUCUGGGUCCAAGAACAGCGUCAACAGUAGACGCAGUCAUCCAACGCCUUGUGCUUUUCCUUGACUCUGAGAGGUUCUCUGAAGCUUUAGAAAUGGCAGACUUCAUUCUUGAUGGGAACUUGGUGGACGAAUGGUUCGAGCGCACUUGCCAAGUCGAGCAUGUACGGGCCAUGUUAGAGCUUUUCACGGGAAAUAUCGACGUUGCAAUCGAUAUCCUGGAGACUUCGGUGGACGAAGCACUGAAAAGAAACGAGGAUGGAAGAGUAAGAUCGAUAUUGUGGGUUAGGCUGGACCUUGCAACACUAUUGCGUAGAAAAGGAAGGGACAACGAUGCCUUGAUGCUAUUCGACGACAUUGUCACGAGGAUAGUUAGCGAGUCAAGUAACAGCGUGCCGGUUUCAACCUGGGAACUUACUCAAUCUCCACAUGAUCUGCAGAUUGCAGAGCAGGCUCUGAGACUGGUAAGAGACAUCAAAAUCUAUGAAGCUGAGGCAUUGUUGAAGCAGAACGAGUUGAAAUGGGCCAGACAGGAAGACUUUUGGAUUUUGGACGGAAGUCCACCAGCGGACACGGCAUAUAUGAAGAGGCCGUAGAACGGUGCUGGAUGCGUCGAGAUAGUUAAGGGGUACUCUCACUGCCAGAAUCGUGGCUAGAAAUUGGAUUUAUUGGCUAUUAUGUUUCAAAGAGAGGGACAACAACUACCCAGACUAGCAAUACAAUCAUGACGCAAGUCGCCGAUGAAUCAUUGGAGUGACUUCAAAGCCAACCUGGAACUCCGGACUAAACUUUAAUCAGGGAGAUCCAGUAAGAGGACCACGAAAAUUUGGUUCGCCGCUUUAAGAUAUCGCCUCGUGGCCAGUGGUCACGAGUUUUGGAAAUAGGCCUUGUUGAAAUUGUGAGGUGGCACACAUGUAGACUGAACGAAAGGCUAGAGAGGACAUUUACUUUGGCACAAGAGAGAUCAAGGGAAAUGAUUGUUCACACGCCCAAUAAGUCACAGAAC